GUGGAGCUGGGCGUCCCCGGCGGCGGCUCCGCAGCUGGCGUGGGGCGGAGGGAGGCCUGCGGGGCCGGUUGUCGGCCUGGGCUCGCCGCCGGCCGGAACGAACCCCGCGGAGCCCGGGAAGCGGAGCGGUCCAGAGUGUGGCCCGCAGCCCGCGACGGCAGAGCCAGGCUUCGAGGGGCGCCCGGGGUUUUCUGGCGCGUCCUCGUGGCCGGAGUCUCCAUGGCGAGGCCUGUCCAUGUGAGAGUGCAGACGGCGCAGUGGCUUUCGCCUCGGGCGGCCUCGGUGUGCUAGAAGCACUCAGAAUGGUCCAGCGUUUGACAUACCGUCGUAGGCUUUCCUACAACACAGCCUCUAACAAAACUAGGCUGUCCCGAACCCCUGGUAACAGGAUUGUUUACCUUUACACCAAGAAGGUUGGGAAAGCACCAAAAUCUGCGUGUGGUGUGUGCCCGGGCAGACUUCGAGGGGUUCGAGCUGUGAGGCCUAAAGUCCUCAUGAGAUUGUCCAAAACAAAAAAACACGUCAGCAGGGCCUAUGGUGGUUCUAUGUGUGCUAAAUGUGUUCGUGACAGGAUCAAGCGUGCUUUCCUUAUUGAGGAGCAGAAAAUCGUUGUGAAAGUGUUGAAGGCACAAGCACAGAGUCAGAAAGCGAAAUAAGGCUUUUCUAAGUAAUAAAAACCACAGCUUGUUGUAUG